CGGGAGUCUUUGGAAAGCGGUGCUCUUUCGAGGCGUUCGCAGAGCCUAGCGCCGCACAAUGGACCACGUCUGGGCUCGUAUUUUCAUAGGAGUCAUUAUCUGGGCGAUUGCUGCAUGUUCACUCAUCAAUAUCGAAGACACCAGUGCGGAGCAGCGCGUUGGUAUCGAUGAACAAGACGGGAGGCACGCCAGGCCAGGAGACACUGCACAGUGCCAAGUGGGGAAGCUUUCGGAGCGCUUCGACUGUUAUCCAGAACCCGGAUCCAACGAAGCUGGCUGUCUUUCUCGCGGGUGCUGCUGGGGAAGACUAGACGAAAUUCCGGGUGAAAGGAAGUUCGAUAUCCCGUACUGCUACUUCCCGAUAAAUUACGCUGGCUACUACGUCGAGAAUGCGGAGAUUUCCGACGACAGGAUCGAUGUUAUGCUCGUGCGUCGGACGCCAUCGGGAAUCGACGUGGACGUGCCGUUUGUGCACGCAGAGAUUCUCUUCUACGACCAGGACACACUCAGAAUCAGGUUCACAUUUUUUUUUGGAAAUUUAUUUCUUAAUGUUAAGAAACCGCAGAUGUAUUGCCUAGUGGGACUUAGAAUUUUGAAGACGACAAAAAUGUAA